AACAACAGUAAUUGUCUUUAACAAAAGUUUCCAGUUCUUGCUCAAGAAUUCAAUUUCGAUGGAAACAAGGAGGGAUGAGUUACCAAUUGUUCUAACCCUACAUCCAUUCCCAUUCUUGCCUUCAUUUGAAGAACAAUUCUCCAAAAAAUUCAAAACUCUAAAAAGAACUGAUCUUUCAAUACCUUUAACUGAAUUCCUAACCACACAUUGUGAAUCCGUACAAGCUCUAGUAUGUGGUGGUGGUGCUCCUGUUCCAAUUGAAACCCUCAAUUGUUUACCUUCUCUAGGUUGUGUAUUAACAACAAGUGCUGGUCUUGAUCAUAUCGAUUUGGUUGAGUGCAAAAGAAGAGGUAUUGCUGUUUGUAACGCUGGUACUGCUUACUCUGAAGAUGUAGCCGAUCUUGCUGUUGGCCUUUUAAUUGAUGUUCUUAGAAGAAUUUCGUCCGCUGAUCGAUUUGUUCGCGCUGGGCUUUGGCCUGUCAAGGGCGAUUUUCCUCUUGGUUCAAAGUUGCGUCGAAAGAGAGUGGGGAUCGUUGGGCUAGGAAGUAUUGGCUCCGAGGUGGCAAAAAGACUUGCAGCGUUUGGCUGCAUCAUCUCGUACAACUCGAGGAAUAAGAAAUCAACUGUUCCAUUCCCUUACUAUUCCAGUGUAACCGAUCUCGCAUCCAACAGCGAUAUCCUUGUCCUUUGCUGUGAACUAAACGAAGAAACAUUCCACAUUAUUAACAAAACUGUAAUGUUGGCACUGGGAAAGAAAGGAAUCAUCAUAAAUGUGGGAAGAGGAGCCUUAAUCGACGAGAAAGAACUUGUGAGGUGUUUGAUUCAAGGAGAUAUAGGAGGUGCUGGUUUUGAUGUGUUUGAAAAUGAACCUCAUGUUCCUACAGAGCUUUUAGAAUUAGAUAAUGUUGUAUUAUCUCCACAUAAAGCUGUGGUAACUCCAGAAUCAUUUUCAGCUCUACAUGAACUGUUGAUAGCAAACUUAGACGCUUUCUUCUCGGGUAAACCCUUGUUGUCAUUAGUCAAGAACAAGUGAACAUAGUCUUCUGUAGGCUGAACUUUGCAGUUCUUAAACGACAUAUCUCAUAGAUACAUGUGUAACGGAGUUUAUAUGCGCACCCAUCAUUUUAUAUUUUGUCGUUGUUGGAGGAACAGAAUUGUCCUCUAUGGAAAUAUUUUAAGCACCA